AAAGAUGUUGGAGUCAUAUGUAACUCCAAUUUUAAUGAGCUAUGUGAACCGCUACAUCAAGAACUUAAAGCCGUCGGAUCUCCAACUUUCGCUAUGGGGUGGAGACGUGGUUCUCAGCAAGCUUGAAUUAAAACUGGAUGUGCUCGAACAGGAACUGAAAUUACCAUUCACUUUUUUAAGUGGACAUAUUCAUGAAUUGAGGAUCCAUGUACCAUGGACCAAAUUGGGUUCAGAACCAGUGGUAAUUACUAUUAAUACAAUGGAAUGCAUUUUGAAACUUAAGGAUGGAAUACAGGAUGAUCAUGAAAGCUGUGGCUCCAGUUCUACCACUCCUGAAAACACAAAAUUAUCAGUGAAACCCCGAAAAAUUCAACAGAGUGCUCUGACAGAUCCUGAUUUGCCACCAGGUUAUGUUCAGAGUCUGAUUCGACGAGUUGUAAAUAAUGUAAAUAUUGUUAUAAAUAAUCUCAUAUUAAAAUAUGUUGAAGAUGACAUUGUUCUGUCAGUCAAUAUCACCUCUGCAGAAUGCUAUACAGUAGGUGAAUUAUGGGAUCGUGCAUUCAUGGAUAUAUCUGCAACUGAUCUAGUGCUAAGAAAAGUUAUCAAUUUUUCUGAUUGUACAGUUUGUCUUGAUAAGAGAAAUGCUAGUGGUAAAAUCGAAUUUUACCAAGAUCCUUUAUUGUAUAAAUGUUCCUUUAGAACUCGCCUGCAUUUUACGUAUGAUAAUCUAAAUUACAAGAUGCCUUCUGUUAUUAAGAUUCACACCUUAGUCGAGAGUUUGAAACUUUCUAUCACAGAUCAACAACUACCUAUGUUUAUUCGUAUAAUGCAACUUGGGAUUGCUCUUUACUAUGGAGAAAUAGGUAGUUUUAAAGAUGGAGAAACAGAGGAACCUACUUGUCACAAUAAAGAUGUGUUAGGAAACAUUACAGGUGCUGAAGAUGAAACUAGAAUAGAUAUGCAAUAUCCUCCUCAGUACAAAACUCAGGAGUUGUAUUCACAGCCAGAUGAUGAGCAGUCACAGGGCUGGGUAUCAUGGGCCUGGUCAUUUGUGCCUGCAAUUGUGAGUUACGAUACUGAGGAGGAAGACUACUUCAGAAGUGAUCCCGCAUCAACCAUACAUCAGCAAAAGUCACAAACUUUGAAGGAUCCUAUUGUUUCCAUAGGAUUUUAUUGCACAAAGGCUACUGUAACUUUCAAACUUACUGAAAUGCAAGCUGAAAGCAGUUAUUAUAGCCCACAGAAAGUGAAGUCCAAAGAAGUAUUGUGUUGGGAGCAAGAAGGAACCACUAUUGAGGCCCUUAUGAUGGGAGAGCCUUUCUUUGAUUGCCAGAUUGGUUUUGUAGGUUGUCGAGCCAUGUGCCUUAAAGCAAUUAUGGGUAUUAAAGAUUUUGAAGAAAAUAUGAAUAGAAGUGAAACAGAAGCCUGUUUCUUCAUUUGUGGUGAAAAUUUGAGUACAAAAGGUUUGACAUACCUAACAAAUUCGUUGUUUGAUUACCGAAGUCCAGAAAAUAAUGGUACUCGUGCAGAAUUUAUCUUAGAUGCUACUCAUCAUAAGGAGACAUACACUGAGAUAGCCGGAAUGCAAAGGUUUGGGGCUUUUUACAUGGAUUACCUGUAUACGAUGGAAAACACUAGUGUCAAAGGUUCUGCAAAUCAACAAGACUUUUCUUCAGGAAAAAGUGAAGAUUUGGGAACGAUUCAAGAGAAGUCCACCAAAAACCUUGUUAUAGGGCCUCUUGAUUUUCGCUUGGACAGCAGUGCUAUACAUAGAAUUUUGAAAAUGAUUGUUUGCGCCUCAGAACAUGAAUAUGAACCAUAUAACAGGUUAAAACCAGAGACGAAGGAUGAUAAUGAAACAACACUGAAUCCUGAAGAAGUGUCAUCUCUGGAGCAAUAUAUUCCUACUCGACUUACAACUGUGACUCUCCUCAAAUGUACCUGCACAAUCUUCAUGGCAGAAUUCAAUUUGCUAGGCCAUUUACUACCUGCCAUUAUGGGAGAAAAGAAUUUGAGUAACUUCACAAAUACCACAAACUUCCAGCCUCUUCGACCUUUGCCGUCCAUUCAGAUAAUGGUGGAUAAAAUUAACCUGGAGCAUUCUGUUCCGAUGUAUGCUGAGCAGCUGGUGCACGUGGUGAGCAGCCUUACUCAGCCUUCUGAUAAUUUGCUUCAUUAUUGCUAUGCACACUGCUAUCUUAAGAUAUUUGGUUUCCAGGCAGGACUGACAUCUUUGGAUUGUAAAGGAUCUUACUGUUUACCUGUACCAAUUAUACCCUCUUUCAGCACUGCUCUUUAUGGUAAACUUCUCAAACUUCCCACAUGCUGGAGCAAACGAUCUCACAUUCCUUUCACUGAAGGUAUAUUUGAGCUUCCAAAUCUCACAGUUCAAGCUACAAGAGCACAGACUCUUCUGCUGCAAGCAAUAUAUCAAAGUUGGGCACAUAUUGGAAAUGUCAGCUCUUCAGCCGUGAAUGAAGCUUUGAUGAAUGAAGUUUUCCAAAGUAUAGGUGUGAAAUCUAAGAAUCCCCUGCCAACUCUUGAGGGCUCAGUCCAGAAUGUUGAAUUGAAGUACUGCAGCACAUCAUUGGUCAAAUGUGCCUCUGGGACCAUGGGAUCAAUAAAAAUUUGUGCCAAAGCCCCAGGUGAUAGUGGAAAAGAGAAGGUGAUUCCAUUGCUUCAGGGUCCUUCUGACACUAAAGAUCUUCAUAGUGGCAAGUGGCUCAAUGAAAGUAGAAAGCCAGAAUCUCUCUUAGCUCCCGAUUUGAUAGCCUUCACAGUCCAAGUUCCACAAUAUAUGGAUUACUGCCACAAUUCUGGUGCUGUACUUCUUUGUAGUAUACAAGGACUAGCGGUCAAUAUUGACCCAAUCUUGUACACAUGGCUCAUCUAUCAGCCUCAGAAACGAGCUAGUAGACAUAUGCAACAGCAGCCUGUGGUCACUGUUCCUCUAGUUAUGCCAUUUAACAGACGGAAAGAGGAUGAGCUAUCCGUUGGAAGUGCUCCAUUGGCAAAGCAGCAUUCAUAUCAGGCCUCUGAAUAUGCUAGCAGCCCACUAAAGACAAAAACAGUAACAGAAUCCCGUCCAUUAUCAGUUCCUGUGAAAGCCAUGCUGAAUUUAUCUGAAAGCUGCAGAAGUCCUGAAGAAAGAAUGAAAGAAUUUCUUGGAAAAGUAUGGAAUGCAGUGAAGUGUCUCACACUACAGCUUGAAGUUCAGUCUUGUUGCAUUUUCAUUCCAAAUGACAGCCUGCCUUCUCCAAGUACAAUUGUAUCUGGUGACAUUCCUGGCACAGUAAGAAGUUGGUACCAUGGACAGAUCAGCAUGCCAGCAACUUUAGUCCUUUGUUUGCCUCAAAUAAAGAUUACAAGUGCUGGCCAUAAGAUUAUGGAACCUUUACAGGAUAUCCCAUUCAUCAUCCCACGACCUGUCCUUGAAGAGGGUGAUUCUUUUCCUUGGACCAUAAACUUGCAUCAUUUCAGCAUUUAUACCCUUCUUGGAAAACAAGUAACCCUCUGCCUAGUGGAACCUAUGGGUUGUACCUCUACUCUAGCUGUAACAUCUCAGAAACUGCUUGCUACAGGACCUGACAUGAGACAUUCAUUCGUCGUUUGUCUGCAUGUUGACCUAGAGUCACUGGAGAUAAAGUGUUCAAACCCUCAGGUCCAGCUUUUGUAUGAGUUAACUGAUACCAUGAAUAAGGUCUGGAGUAAGAUUCAGAAGAGAGGCAAUCUGAGUUUGUCCUCAGUCUGUCCAGAGACGGUCGUAGGGGCUGUCCCAAGCUCUCCAGUGAGAAGCAGUGUAGGCACCGUGCCUCCUGACACUAGCACAUGCAGCCCAUCUGCUGAUGUUGGAACUACUACUGAGGGAGAUUCUAUACAAGCAGGUGAUGACUCACCAUUCUCUGAUUCUGUCACCUUGGAACAAACCACAAGUAACAUUGGUGGAUCCAGUGGGCGUGUUAGUCUGUGGAUGCAGUGGGUGCUUCCCAAAAUUACUAUAAAACUCUUUGCUGCUGAUCCUGAAAAUAAAGGCACAGAAGUUUGUGUGGUCAGUGAACUAGAAGAUCUCAGUGCUUCUGUAGAUGUCCAGGAUGUAUAUACCAAAGUGAAAUGUAAAAUAGAGAGUUUCAAUAUUGAUCACUACAGAAGCAAGCCAGGGGAAGGUUGGCAGUCAGGAGAUUUUGAAGGAGUAUUUCUACAGUGCAAAGAAAAACCUGUGGCUUGGGGAAGAGUGUUGGUCUUUGGGGCAAUGUGGAGGUGUCUUCCUUUCCUGCACUGACAAGCUGAACAGACGCACCUUGUUGGUUCGACCCAUCAGCAAACAGGACCCUUUCAGUAAUUGCUCUGGCUUCUUUCCUUCU